AUGGCCGCACACCUGCAAGUCCUCUCGGCCGGGCAGUUCGACGCGCCGCCGGCCCUGAUCCUGCACACCCGCAACCGGCGCUAUCUGAUCCAAUGCCCGGAGGGGUCGCAGCGCCUGCUGGCCGAGUAUGGCGUGGCCCUCGGCAAGCUGGACACCAUCCUGCUGACGCGCGUGGCCCCGGCUCCGGCAGACAUGCCGGCCGUCAAUCCCCUGGCUGCUGGCCUGUGGUGCCGGUCGAUCGGCGGUCUGCCGGGGCUGGCGCUGACCCUGGGCGAUGCGGGCCACGCCCUGCCGGCCUCGCAGAUGGCGAAGCCCUUCGGCCGCGGGGCCACCGGCGGCCCGGGCGGGUCGUCGAAUUCGCCCCAGCGCCAGUCGCGCCUGGAUGCUCCGGUUCCCGCCGAGGCUGAGGCCGAGGCCGCGGUGCCUGCCGCCGGCCCGUCCACCCCGCCUGCCGCCGGGCCGGCGGACGACCUGGACCGGCUGAGCCCACCUGUGCCGGCCCCACCAAGCCCGCCGGCUGCCUCAUCGGCCGCGGCCAUGGGUGCUGUCUCGGCCGCGCGCAAGCGCUCCUUCGGCGAGGCCUUCUUCCGGUCUCCGAGCAUCCUGGCGCAUGGGCCCUACCGGCGCCCGGGCCAGCAUGGCCUGCGCUUGGUCGGCCCGGACGGCGUGGCCGACAUCUCCAAGCUGGUGUCCUUCUUCGUGAACAAGAACCACAUGCCGCUGCAGCCCUUCGCCCUGGAGCCCGGGGAUAUCCUCUCCGAUGGGGAUGUCCUGCUGACGACGCUCCCGACGGCCGAAUGCUCCGGCGCCUGUCGCGAGCGCGGGUCGCUUGCCGACUCGGACGGGUACGUCUGGCUGCUGCCCGGGGCCGAGGCUGCCGCCCUGCCUGCGGUUUGCCUGCGGUUUGCCUGCGUGUCGGCCAAUCUCCUCACCGUCCACCGGGUGGGGGCCUUCAUGGUUGACUGCGGCGAGGGCACCAUCGCCCAGCUGUACCGGACCCUGGUGGCCGGGUCGCAAGCCGAGCUGGCGGCUGGCUUGGGCGGCGAGCCGCCGGCCGCCCCGCCGAGCCCCGGCCCGGGGCACCUUGCCCCGGCCCUGGACGCCGGGUUCCGGCGGCUGGCCCACACGCUGCUCGUGGACUUGCGGGGGGUUUUCAUCACGCACAUGCAUGCCGACCAUCUGCUCGGGGUGCUGCGGCUGCUGGAGGUCCGCGCGCAGCUGCUGGCCCUGCUGGCCGGGCUGGGGAUCGGGCCGCGGGACACGGCCCCGGCGGAGGCCGGCUUGCGUGCGCGUGUCCUGCACCUGCUCGGGGUGGACGUCCAUCGGACCCCGGGCCGGGUGCUGUGGCGGCCUCUGCCGGUCGUGGGCCCGGCGCAUUUGAGCCGCUUCCUGGCCCACUUCCAGGCUCUCUUUGGCGCGGCGGCCCUGUCGCCCUAUGCCUACAGCACGAAUGCCCUGCUGGUGGAGGAGGCCCUGGUGUUUGGCCAGCCCCUGGGCCCGGCGGCCGGGACCAGCCGGGUGUCCGUGCGCAGUGUCCCGGUCUUCCACUGUCCCCAUGCCUUUGGGUUUGUGUUCACGCAUGAGCCCGGGCCCGAGGCCGGGGCGCCAUCGGGCCAGGCGCCCGGCGGCCAGUCUGCCUGCGCCUGCGCCGCCAACUGCUGGCGGGUGAUCUUCUCCGGCGACACCCGGCCCACGGCGGCCCUGGCGCGGGCGGCCCUCGAGCAUCCGGCAUGCCCGGGCGGCUCCGGCAUGCCCGGGCCCCUGGCGGCCCCCCCCUGUGUCCUGGUGCAUGAGGCCACCUUCGAUGAUACCACCGACAACCUGGUGCACGCGCGGCAGAAGCGCCACUCGACGGCCCUCGAGGCGCUGGCCGUGGCCACGGCCGGGCAGAUGACCGCCUGCGUGCUGACGCACUUCAGCCAGAAGUACAACCGCGACCCGGGGCUGCUGGGGGCGGCGGUGGUCGCCGCUCAAACCGGCCGGUCCCUGCAGUCCGUGGUCCGGGCCUCCAGCCGGCCAAUGGCGGAAUUCUCCCUGCCCCUCGGGACCACCAUCGACCUGGUGGGCCAGCUGCCGGGGGAGUUCGCCGGCCGGGUGCCGGUUGUGGCUGACACCGGUCCCGGCCCGGGCGGGCCCCAAUCGCCGGGGGGCGCGACGCCCAUGGCCCCGGCCUCGGCCGAGGCCGAGGCACCGCCCGCCCUCGGGCCGGAUGCCCCGCCGCCCGGGCCGCCCCGCACGGCCGAUGGGCGCGCCUUCGGUGUGGCAUUGGCCUUCGACAUGAUGGUCCUGCGCCAGCAGGAUUUGAUCCCCCCGCGGCCGGUGGCCACCGACUGCCCGAUGGCCGGCUCGCCGCUGGUCGCCGCCGAUGGCCUGGAGCCCAUUCGAAGCACCCCGGUCUCGCGCGUGGUCGAGUGCAUCGACGCGGUUUUCGGCGUCUAG